CAUGCGCGACACCAAAGCCUCUAAAAUAAACAGCCAGCUUACCUAAUUAGAGGUUACUGAGGCAGACAAUAUUUAAAUAAGUAAAUGAGAAGAAUAUUUACAUAUCACCGUUAUAUGUAUUGCCUACAGUAGGGAGUGGUAACUGUUAGGUACCUGGUAGUCGACACGUAUUACUUCUUACUUUGUCAGUUGACGCGGCCUUGACUUCCUUCCAACGUUUGGCGGUGUGGGACGUCAUUAUGCUGCCAUGACGAACCCCAAAUGGUCGUUUUUUCCCGUCGUGCAGAUUGAUAGAUUCAGACGUAGCCAGUAGCUAACGACUCUUGUAAGUGCACUGCAUAUAUAAAAAAUUGUUUAGAAGUAAUUGCACUUUUGUUCCCUACUUCAUAAUAUAUCCGCAGUUAACUUUACUUUCUUAAGCAACGUAGCUAGCUAACUAGCUAACCAGCUAACUUGGAUUUUAGCUUGUCUUUCUAGUCGGUCUGGAAUCGAGGAUAACAAAUAGCUAACUAGCUAGCUAGGUUAACGCUAGUCUGUUUACUUUGUGUCGCCUUAUUUUUGAUAAUUGAGCGAUGGAAGCUCCACCAGUCACCGUAAUGCCAGUUACAGGGGGCACGAUUAACAUGAUGGAGUAUUUACUGCAAGGCAGUGUACUGGACCAGUCCUUGGACAGUUUGCUCCAUCGUCUAAGAGGUCUGUGUGACAACAUGGAACCUGAAAGCUUUGCUGACCACGAGCUAGUCUACCUUCUCAAAGGUCAGCAGGGAAACCCUUUCAUCCUGCGAGCCAGGCGCUCUCUUGCUCACCCCACUGCUCCCUGGCACCUACGUUACCUUGGCCAGCCAGAGGUGGGAGACAAGAGUCGUCAUGCCCUGGUACGGAACUGUGUGGAUGUUGCAGCCUCCCACAGCCUGCCGGACUUCCUUAACGAGAUGGGCUUCCGAAUGGACCAUGAGUUUGUGGCCAAAGGGCAUAUUUUUCGGAAAGGUGCACUCAAAGUGGUGGUGAGCAAGUUAUCUCGUGUGCUUGUGCCUGGCAACACAGACAACACUGAACCAUUGUCACUAUCCUAUCUAGUGGAACUUAGUGUGUUGGCACCAGCUGGACAAGACACAGUAUCUGAGGAUAUGCGCAGCUUUGCAGAGCAGCUCAAGCCACUGGUGCACCUGGAAAAGAUUGAUCCUAAAAGACUCAUGUAAAUUCUAUUAUAAGAACAGAUCUAAACCAUUCCAAAAAUUAGAUUAAGACAACACAGUAUCUGACUGUUUCUAAUUUUUCAAAAAUUAAAAGUUUGUAUGUCUUUGUCGCUAAAUAACAAAUGCAUCAGCUCUACCCAGCAACUAAAUAAUUUGAAGUCAAGAAAUUAGAUCUUGUUCAAUAAAUAAUGUGCUGUAAUAGUGGAAUGAGUUAAACUGUGAGCAUUAUUUGAAGUGGUAAUAAGUCUACACAUUUCAUUCAAUGAAAUGCCCUGCAUCCCAAACUGGAUACUGUUUUUGUGAACAAUCUUGACUUUUUAAAUUUAGAAACUGUAUAAAAAUGCUGUUUAGUCUAGACAAUAGUUGGAUUAUAAGAGGACAAAAAUAUUUAAGAAUAUUUGCUUAUUUUCAAAAUACAUCAUUUCUCUGUUACUUUUGCAUUGGCAGGCAAUGUUUUGGUUCUUGUAUUCAGUGGAAUUAGGUGUCUAGAUGGAGCUAUCUGAUCUUUGUUAGCAUUAUAAACAUUUGUAUAUUUUCACUUUUUUGCACUAGGUGGCUCUCUUACUCCAGUAUAAGUUUUUGCUGGCCCAGCACUGAGUGGCAUGUCUUUUAAAUCUAGCAUGUGAGAGAUGCAGUUGCUAUGGCAAUUAUUAGGUGCAAGAUCUAUCCCCCCCACCUCCACCACCAUUUCUAAUUAGCUUCCUCAAUUGCUUAAUGAUACAUGGACGUGUGAAAGCACUCUUUUCUUCCCUGUCAGAAAAGUGCAGAUAUUUCUUUCCUAUCCACUCUCAUCUCCACUAUUAACUCAUGAGAGCUGACACCAGAGAUGGCAGCUAGAGAUGAGGCCAUUACUCUUCGAGGGCUCCAACUGGGGUCCCACUCUUUAAAAUGUAUGAGCAAAUUUACCAUUAAUUUCUUUUUUUAGGCUUUACACAAUCAUUUGAAUGGAGACAAAUUAUUGGCCUGGUCAAAUUUGCCUUUGAUGAAGUGGUUGCAUUUUGGUUUGAGAGGUAUUUAUGGAAUUGCUAAAUUCCAUUUCCUUGCACCGAUAUCUAAGUCAGUUUUAUACCACCUCAUUGCUAUAACUAGUUUGAGAAAUGGGAGACUGGCACACAAAGCUGGUGAUGUACUGCCUUUGUUAUCUUUUUUUCUAAAAUCUUUGGGGGGAAUUUUUUUGGGGGGGG